AUGAUUGAAUCUCAGAGGCAUUCUUAUCAUUUGGUAGAUCCAAGUCCAUGGCCUAUUUCGGGUUCCCUCGGAGCUUUGGCAACCACCGUAGGAGGUGUGAUGUACAUGCACCCAUUUCAAGGGGGUGCAACACUUCUCAGUUUGGGCCUCAUAUUUCUCCUAUAUACUAUGUUCGUAUGGUGGCGCGAUGUUCUACGUGAAUCCACGUUGGAAGGACAUCAUACCAAAGUCGUACAAUUAGGACCUCGAUAUGGUUUUAUUCUGUUUAUCGUAUCGGAGGUUAUGUUCCUUUUUGCUCUUUUUUGGGCUUCUUCUCAUUCCUCUUUGGCACCUACGGUAGAGAUCGGAGGUAUUUGGCCCCCAAAGGGGAUUGGGGUUUUAGAUCCUCGGGAAAUCCCUUUUCUUAAUACCCUUAUUCUCCCUUCAUCCGGAGCUGCCGUAACUUGGGCUCAUCAUGCUAUACUCGCGGGGAAGGAAAAGCGAGCUGUUUACGCUUUAGUAGCUACCGUUUCACUGGCUCUAGUAUUCACGGGCUUUCAAGGAAUGGAAUAUUAUCAAGCACCCUCCACUAUUUCGGAUAGUAUUUAUGGUUCUACCUUUUUCUUAGCAACGGGCUUUCAUGGGUUUCAUGUGAUUAUAGGUACUCUUUUCUUGAUCGUAUGUGGUAUUCGCCAAUAUCUUGGUCAUCUGACCAAGGAGCAUCACGUUGGCUUUGAAGCAGCUGCAUGGUACUGGCAUUUUGUAGACGUGGUUCGGCUAUUCCCAUUUGUCUCUAUCUAUUGGUGGGGAGGUAUAUGA